AUGUGUUUCUCUCAUAUACACAAAGACCCAAGUCGGGCAACCAGCUCUUCUGGUCUUUUCGCUGGCCACUGUGGUCCAGGUCAACACUCUGGUCCAAACCAUCCUGCACCUGUUUGCCGCAAGCUCACGAAAAGGCCCGAGGACGUUAUCAAGCGACUCCAGGCGAGAUUUUCCAACUACAAAAAGACGAUAGCCAGACUGCGGAAACAGCAGCUGAAGACGCCUCAGGCAGCUUCUCAAGCUUCUCUGGAAAUAAUUCGGCCUCAUGUUUCUGAAGAGGUAUUUCACCUCAUAUCAUCGCAUAUAAAGAAUAGGUCGAAGGGCAAGGGGAAGCGAUUUCCACUGUGGCUGAAGAAAUUUGCGCUCCAUCUGAAUUUUCAUGGACCGCGGGCAUACCGAUUUAUGUCUUCAGCGUUCACGCUACCAUCUCAGCGUUCACUACGAAGGUGGCUCGCCAAUGUCAAAAUGACACCAGGUAUCAUUCCAGGCAUCAUGUCAUCGAUUGCGUCAAAAACAAAGUCAUGGAAUGAACGCGACCGCAUUUGUACUUUAGUGUUUGACGAGAUGAUAUUGAAAAAGAACUUGUCAUACGAUGUGGCGCAGGAUGUUGUCCUCGGAUUUGCAGAUGAUGGUGUUGAGCGAACUUCCAGUAUUGCUGACAGAGCCCAGGUUUUCCUCCUCUCUGGAGUUUCUAGGAGGUGGGUGCAACCUGUAGCAUACACUAUUGGGCAUACGUCAACACCAUCCUCUGUUACUCGUAAC